AUGGGAAACUCUCUAAAGUCUUUCAAAGAACAACCUCAUUCAACGGCUUACGAGCCUCUCAUCUCUGUUUCAGAAAACGAGAACAUGAGAGUCUUCAGCUUCGCCGAACUGAAGAAAGCAACGAAGAAUUUUAGAAGAAACAUGGUCGUAGUUGACCACGGUUGGUCUGUUCGGACAUUUUACAAGUGCUACAUAGACCGUACCACAUUUACUCUAUCAAGAACUGACACUGGAACCGCUGUUUCUGUCAUGGAUUGUGAUAGUUUACCGCACACUCUACAUGAAUGUGAGGGACAAGUGAAGUUUCUAGGACAGAUUUAUCAUCCUAACUUGGUCAAACUUUUGGGUUACUGUUGUAAAGAUAACAAAUCAAACUUCUUGGUUUUUGAAUACUUUCACAAAGGAAGUUUGGACCGUCACAUUUACGGAAAAGAAGAGGCAUUGACAUGGGAAAUACGGGUCAAUAUCGCCAUUGGAAUAGCUCGAGGUCUUGUGUUUAUCCACUCGAUCAAGAACAUCCCGCUACAUCAAGAACUCAGAAUGCAUAACAUUAUGCUUGACGAGCAAAACAAUGCAAAAUUGCUUUAUCUUGUACCAAACGAACAAUAUUUGGAUGAUGAUGAACGAAUCAUAAGAGGAGAUGUAUACAACUCUCCUGAAUGGAUCAAAGGUGAUUAUGUGGAAGCUAAGACAGAUGUUUUCACAUUUGGUCUGAUCUUGCUUGCGCUUUUAACUGGUUCAAAAUCUGCAGUUAAAAAAGAGAUUACCAAAAGAGCAUGUGUAUGGACAUCUUUAUUGUCCGAUGAUCAUAAGAUUGGGGAAAUAAUCGAUCCGCGACUUGGGAAUAAUUGUCCCAUGAAUGCGGUGACACAGAUGGGCACACUCAUCAGAAGAUGCACCAAGUGGGACAAGAUUAAACGACCAUUGAUGCAAGAAGUCUUGGAUACUCUAAAUUACAUUGCAGAGAUUAAGGAUUAA